AUGCCGCUAAUUUUCCACGAACGCGAUCAAGACGAGCAGGCUGAACCUGCCUCUAAACGGCCCAAACUCGAUGGCCCGGCGCCAGCCCAAGAUAUAUUCCCUCCAAGUCAUGUACUUUUAGGAGUUCCCUUGCCAGAAUUGACGAAUGGGUUCUUGAACUUCAGCGAGCGCAAUGUUGGCAUAUCCGAGUAUGUUGGCCACGGCAUCCCCAAAAUCGAAGGCAUUAUCAAGCAGCGAUUCACCGACUUCCUGGUCUACGAAAUCGACUUGGACGGCAAUGUCGUGCAUCUGACUGAUGUGCAAAAACCGCCAACACCAAAAGGCGAAGAAGAAGCCGCAGGGACUUCUGCUGAUGCCCAACCGGCGGCAGCGCUUACCGAAGCUGCGGUUGAGGAGGCAACGAAAGAGCCUGAACCCACAGAGCCAGAGGGGCCAUGGCCGGACCGCUUCAAUACCCGUCUCUCUGAAUUCCUGUCAGCGGAGGCGAUUGAAAAGUUAAAAGGCAUGUUCCUUGAAGGCCCAGUGCCACCGCUUGUCUCUGAUAGCGGCUGGGGAUCACGGCCUGGUGCAAGCUCUUCGUCAGAAACAACAACAACAACGGAACCUGUUGUGGUUGAAACUAGAGGCCGUGGUCGCGGUAGAGGCGGUCGUGGUGGACGAGGUGGCGGCAGAGGUGGGCGGGCUAAUGGAAGAGAAGACCACAGGAAAGUUGUCUCUGAGCCCAUCCAAUCAAAGGCCACGCGAACCGACUUGCACAAAGCUGUUCGUGAGCUGUUUGGCGGGAAACUCGAGUCUGAAGCGGACAUGUCUUCUCCUGCAUCUGAAGAAGGCACACGUAUCGUGAUCAAAUGGAAUCCUUCUCGAGGCCGAGGAGGUGGUGGUGGUGGGGGUAAUCGUGGUGGAAGGGGACGUGCUCCCCGCGGCACAUUUCCACCAUACAUCCACUUUACCCUCCAAAAAACAAACCGCGAUACCCAAGACGCCCUCGCGCAUCUUUCGCGGGUGCUCAAAGUCUCUUUAAAGGACUUGUCCGUUGCAGGAACCAAAGACAAGCGCGGCAUCACAGUCCAGCGUGUUUCCUUGAAACGCAACAAUAAAACCGUUGAAGACGUUUGGCGCGCUGCCAACGGCCAGGUUGGUCGACAGUCGCAUAAUAAUGGGACCGUCAACAAACGCGGGGAUCGCGGGGUCCGGAUUGGGGAUUUCAAUUAUCGAAAAGCUAGCUUGGAACUGGGGAUGUUAAAAGGCAAUGAAUUCCUCAUCACCUUGCGGAGCGUACAAGUAGAUUCGAUGGAAACUCUGGAUAAGGCUCUUGGGGUUAUCAAGGAGAAAGGGUUCAUCAACUACUAUGGUAUGCAGCGUUUCGGAACGGCAUCGGUUCCUACUCACUCAAUCGGACUUGCCUUGCUCAAGUCGGAAUGGCAAGCAGCUGUUGACAUGAUCUUACAAAAACGACCAGGAGAGCAUCCUGAUGUUGAAGUAGCAAGAAACGCAUGGCUCGUGGAGCACGAUCUCGACAAGGCGCUCCAACUUAUGCCACGGAGAGUCGUUGCUGAGCGUUGUAUUUUGGAGAGUUACAAGAAGCAAAAGGGCGACACGCGUAAUGCCAUGGGCUCCCUCUCCACUAUUCCCAAAAAUCUGCGGUUGAUGUACGUUCACGCGUACCAAUCUUAUGUUUGGAAUGCCAUUGUUUCGGAGCGCAUUCGGACUUUUGGUGUGGAAAAGCCAGUUGUCGGUGACCUUGUCUUCGACAACGAUCCGCAGGAUGUAGCAAUGCCGGAUGUGGAGCAAACCGAGGAGCCGGCAGCCGACGAGAACGAAAAUGAGGGGGAAGAAGCGGAACCGCCGGAAGCUGACGAAGCGCCAUUGUCCAAUCGGGCCCAGAAGAGAGCCCGGCCUCCGAGACCUCCUCAACGGGUCAAGACACUCACAGAAGAAGACGUUGACAAAUACACGAUCUUUGACGUGCUCAUGCCUCUACCCGGUACCGAUGUGGCCUAUCCUGGCGGUGCGCUGGGAGAAAAAUACCGGGAAUACCUUCGCAUGGACGGCUUGGACCCGGAUAACUUUGUCCGAAAGCAACGGGAAUACACCCUCUCUGGCUCAUAUCGGGCGAUGCUGCACCUACCCAAAGAGCUUUCGUGGACGGUAUUACGCUAUACCGACCCCGAUGUUGCGCUGGCUCAAGCUGAUGAGGACAAGCUGCUUAACUUCGACCCACCGAUGGUUUCCAACGACGGUCUAUUCAUGGCGCUGCAAAUUAAGCUCUCGCUGGGAACUGCCGCAUAUGCCACAAUGGCAUUGCGUGAGAUUACCAAGACGGAGACGAGCUCACACUUCCAGAGUAGUCUCACAAGCGCAGCAGAAGAUCAGAAAUUUCGAGGAACAGGGACGGAUGUGGAUGCUACCGGAGAGCCUGAAGAAUAG